AUCAAAGUAUUUUAUUUAAAUUUGAGCGGCUCGAAAUUGAAAAAUUAAACCGAACCAAAACAAAAUGAGUCCAUCCUGGGCAUAAACACCUAUGACCUAUAUUACAAAUAGGUCCAAAGAGUUUAUAGAUCAAAUACUCAUUGCCGGCCCAGCCCUAAAAUUUUCUCUUUUGAAAAUAACCAACUUUCCCUCCUUCAACCUUUCUUUUCUUCCCAUCACCUGAGCUCUCUCUGUCCCUAUUUCUUUCGAUUUGUUGUGGUGGGUGUUCUUUUUUUUUUUUCCAGCCGGCAUUACCCUUUCCUUCGGUGUCACUUUCUCGGGAAAAUCCCAUACUCUUUUUUUCCUUUUCUUGAUGAAACCCUAAAAUUCUCGAGAAAAAUCAAAAAGAAGAAGAAAGAUUGGCACAACAAGGACCGGGUAAUGGAGAAAGAUCAUCAUCAUCAUUAUGUGCUGGAAAUAACCUUAAUCUCCGCACAAGGACUUAAAGAACCAUCUGGUCAACUCCGCCGUAUGCAAACUUACGCCCUUGCAUGGAUCGAUCCUUCUCUUAAACUCCGUACUUGUAUUGAUCGUUCCGGCGGUGGAAACCCUACUUGGAACGACAAGUUCCUUUUCAAAGUCUCUUCUGAUUUCCUUUCUAAAGAAACUUCCGGUGUUUCCGUUGAGAUCUAUUCCGUUGGCGUCCUUCGUGAUUCCCUACUAGGAACCGUUCGUUUACUCGUCGGUAACUCGAUCCGGUCUGGUUUUACGAUCCACCCUCCUUCUUUCACCGCGGUUCAAGUUCGUCGACCUUCCGGUAGGUUUCACGGCGUUAUUAACAUUGGGGUUACGGUUCUUGACAUGGCCGAUGUACCCUCGAUGUCUGGUUUAUCCGCCGUCGGUUUCCGUGACCUGAUUGGAGAAAGCAUUAAUUCGAAGAAAAACAGGGGAUUGAAGAAAUCGAAAUCUACUACACUACCUUUACCCGGUGAGAAUUUGUCCGAUGAUCAAUCAGACGAUUGUCAUUCCUCGACGACAUCGUCAUCUUCGCCGGCGUCUACGGCUCUAAGGGAAUGGAAUGGGAUAAUUAGGGAAAUUGAGAAAAGAAAGAAUCAUAUAAGGUCUUCAACAUCGGAAGAUGGAAGCUUGCUUUGUGGAUUGGGGUUAUCGUCUAUGAAGGUUGGUUGCCUUAGCCCCUUCAUUGUUGGUGCUGCAAGUUUUAAUGAAGGGAAAAAUCCACCAUGAAUGGGGGCAAUCAAGAUUCAAUUCACUAUAGUUUUAAUGAGAUGAUUGAUCAUUGUUUUGUGUAUUAAAUAGAGUUUGAAAUUUCCUUUGUAAAACCCUUUGGUUUCUAAAGAUUUUCGUUAUGAGAUGAUGAAUCCUUUUGAUUUAGCAAAAACAAAA